CUAUCCCUCAAGCAAAAGGAAUGUUACAGGAAUUAAUGCAAAAACCGUAACAGUUUGCACAAAGCAAUAUCUUUUCUCCAAAAUUUCAAAACUUGAAAUGCAAGUUCGUCUGUGUCUCUUUUCAGCGAAUAUCUACUUACCAUACCAAAAAAAUGUUAAAUGCCCCGUCAAUCAUGGUUUCAUUUCCUUAGAUAAAUUUCCGGUGGACUCCACCGCUCGCUUAUAAAUACACCAAAACCUGUGUAAACCCUAUGAACCUCCAUACCCGAUAAAACUAAAUUAACUGUUGAUAUAGUACGGGGAAUUAAGCGGACAAGGGAAAAUGUUCGGAAGAAAUUUGCCGUUGAUAACCAUCACCCUCAAGGUGGACAUGAGUUUGUAUCCUCCUUCUUCACCGCAUAACCGGCGGUUGGUGGCGGCGACGGUGAGAAAGGUGCUCAACAAAGCCCACGGCAUCCGGCGUUUCGUGAUGUUGGAUGAUUCUGCUUAUGGAUUUGGCGUCAGCGGCGGCGGCGGCGCUUAUGUGGAUGUGGAGGUUUUCGGGAACGUGGAUCCGAAUAGGCUUGUCAAUAAACUUGCACGCGAAGGUAUUCAUGCCUGGUUUCAUUCCGGCAGUCCGAAAGGUCGGUUUGUUAACUACUCGGACUACUACUACGAUAAUUUCCAUGAACCGUAUCCGUAUCCUUGUGGACAUGGACCCGGGUAUGGAUAUGGUCGCUUGUAUGGAGGGGUUUUCGGAUCUGGUGGAUGGCCCGGUUAUGAUGAUGGCUAUUGUCAUUGUUACGGCGACGUUGGAGGUUAUAAUAAUUAUUAUUAACCACGGCGGCUGUUCCCCGUCCUCCUCUUUUCCCUCGGCAAAGUUUUCAUGAUGUCCGGCGGUGUGGUGGCGGUUGCUGUUUCAAUUCCACGUGAAAGCGUUACGCGCUUUUUACUGGUCAAGAUCUGGGGAGUUUUUUUUUUCCCGAAUCGGAUCUUUGAGGAGACCCUGAUAUUUUUAAGGAUCUCAAUCAUCAUCAAGUUUUACUGGGGUUUUUUUUUUAAUUAGGUUUUAAUUGUUAGUGGUGCAUCAUUUCCUUUCUCCUGUAAAACGUCAAUGCACGGUACUACCGUGCACUCCGGCUGGUUUUUCAUGCUGGAGUAGUAGUGAAU